AUGAUAACGAUGAAAAGCUUUGGUGUUUUGAUCUGCGCUCUGGCAGCCCUGUCAGCACCUGAAGCAGGCUCACUGAGAAAAAGACGAGGGCUGACAUUUUCUGUUCUCUCUUCCUCCUCCUCUUCGUCCUCUUCGGAAAGUUCAGGAAAACGUGGUGACUGCUACAAUAGUGUUGGACUGUACAGAGGCAAAGUGUCUAAAUCAGAGAGUGGACGAACAUGUGAGGACUGGGAUUUAGUCACCAGGAAGCUGCUCUUGUCUUCAGAUGUCAAUGCAGGGAGGCACAACUUCUGCAGAGACCUUCACAACAGACGGCGUCCGUGGUGCUAUGUUCAGAAAAACCGGCGGCUGGUGUGGGAGUAUUGUCGUAUUCCACGUUGUAGAUUUAAUUCAUCUGCAGAGCUGACAUGUGGCCAGCGCACCAGAAGAAAGCAGAUGAAGAUCGUGGGUGGAACAGUUGCCACUGUGGAAUCCCACCCGUGGGUUGCUGCCAUAUUUUGGCGCAGCAAAUCCAAGGAGAAGGUUUUCCGCUGCGGGGGGAGUCUGAUCUCAGCCUGCUGGGUCCUCACAGCUGCCCACUGCUUCCCUGAAGGCUCCCGCACCCAACAGCACCGCUUCUCCGUCACCCUGGGGAAAAAUGCUCUGAAUGAGAGCGACCCAGCUGUGGAGCAAACAUUCAGGGUGGAAGAAGUCAUCAUCCAUGCAGGGUAUGACAACAGUGAGGGGAACUUCAACAAUGACAUAGCCCUGCUGAAGCUGAGGGCCAAACACGGGAAGUGUGCAGAGGAGAGCAGCUCUGUGAAGACUGUCUGCCUGCCGCCGCCUCAGCAGAGCCUCCUGCCUGGUGUCACAUGUGAGAUCGCUGGAUAUGGAAAGGAGAAACACGGUUUGUGGUAUAAGUCUCAGUACCUCAGAGAGGCUGAGGUGAACAUUCUGGCUGACGAUGUGUGUCGACAUGAGGACUAUUAUGGGAACAUGAUCACCGACAACAUGUUUUGUGCAGGUCGUCCUGAUUGGAGCCAGGAUGCCUGUGAGGGAGACUCGGGAGGUCCUCUGGUGUGCGAGGUCGACAACAGGCUCUUCCAGUUUGGAGUGAUCAGCUGGGGCGAUGGCUGCGCAAAGGAGUUUCGGCCCGGCGUUUACACCCGAGUGACCAAUUACAAUGGAUGGAUAGAAGAGAAGACAGGGCUGUCAUCCGUCACCGAUGGCUCCAUGUUCCCUCAAAAGUGACCUGAGGACAUGAACUGUUGGUGCUGCUCGUUACCAUUUUCUAUUUUUCUUAAUAAAAAGUCACAAAACAACAAUGAAUGUAUCCUACUAACACGUCGUUUUGUGUAUCAGGCUGUAUAGUCAGGCUGUUGAUGUAGUUGAUAUUGUCAGUACGCUAACGUGAUUCACAGGGAUAUGCUGAUCAGCGUGUUAGCAUGCUAAAAAGUGCUAAUAAGCACAAAACAAAAAGGACGUAAAAUACAGCAGAGCCUGAUGCAAAAGUCAUUAUUUUUGCAGGUAUUUGCUCAAAGUAUUGGAUAAAUUAGACAUUUUACUUCGAACCGAGAAUGUCAACCUGCUGUGACCAUUCUCAUCUCAGGGCGUCCAAUACCAACGCUUUCAGAAGAAGUGACAAAACGCCAAAGGUACCCUUCAGCUUCGUCUCUAUGAGACUCUCUGGGGCGUUUUGUACA